AUGCAACCAUUCCUCUUUCCCUCGUUCCCCUCGCAACCGGCCUCUCUUCAGCAGGGCAUGGAGGAAGCGGCUAAUGAUGCCCGUUCCCCGGAGACUGUUCAUCCUUCCCUCCGCUGCCUCUCCGCUCUCCUUCUUUCCCGCAGCCUCUCUCCCCCCCCCCAACCCCCAACCCCCUCUCCCUCUUUCUCAUCCUCCCCCUCCUCGUCCGCCAUCUCCCCUGAUCGCCGCCGCACCAACCCCCCAUCCCUAGCACUAGGCAUCCUCAGUCCCUCCACCCCCACCUCUCACCCCAUGCGCCGUCCCACUUCCUCAAGCCACACCAAGUCCGCCUUCCCCGCCCUCCGCCUUCCCCGCCCUACGCGGACAAGCCCAUGCAUGCGGGGGUGGCGCGCAACCGCCCAAGUCGGAAGUCUGGGUCACCGAGACGCGUACUCGGGUCCGAACAGGGCUGCAAGCCCGCUCGUCGCGGAGAACCGAAGAGAAGGAGGUCCGGCGGCAUCGGCGCAGCGUAAGCAAGCAAAGCGUGCUCAGCGGGAGGAGCAAGCUCGGUAG